AUGUUAACGAAGGCAUGGCCGCAUUCAAAGUCGCAUGUGUGUGCAGUUGAUGAGCUGAGUAGCAGUACGGAGGUGCUGACGUCGAAGGCGACGACAGCAGCAGCGGCGGAUGCAGAAGCGGUGCCUCCGAAGAGACGCGGCGUUCUACGAAAGGCGGGGCGGGCUUCUGCGAACCGUCGCACCAAGCGGUCCACGUUCUCGAGUGGGACCGACAAGGUGGUGUAG